CGCAUCCCAGGCCUCCCUGUCCAGCAUGGCCAAGCACCCACUGCUGCUGCUGCUGGCCGUGUGGGUGCUGGCCGGGGGGCUGUGGCUGGAAGCCGAAGCCCGGGGAGCACCCUAUGGGGUGAAGCUUUGCGGCCGGGAAUUCAUCCGAGCAGUCAUCUUCACCUGCGGAGGCUCCCGAUGGAGGCGGUCGGACAACCUGCCCCAGGAAGCUAUGGGGGAUGCCUUCCCAGACACUGACCCCUAUGCAGACAGCCAGCUGGAAGAGGCAGUAGGCUCCAGUGACUGGCUGGUCCUGACCAAGUCCCCCCAGCCUUUCUAUGGCGGCCAGCCCAGCUGGCAGGGGACCCCUGGAUCUCUGCGUGGCAGCCGAGAUGUCCUGGCUAGUCUCUCCAGCAACUGUUGCAAGUGGGGUUGCAGCAAGAGUGAAAUCAGCAGACUCUGCUAGACCUGGGGACUGGGCAGCCUGGGGUUACCAGGACCAAUGCUGAGUACCUGUCUCUGGCCCCUCAUACAUUCAUUCAUCAGCAAGUCGUCGACGUCAGGCACUAUGGACUCCAACGCAAUUCCCUCAGAUAACUGACCUUCGACCAGCCUCUCCUAACCCUGAGCAAGCUGUACCCCUACUUGGCCAAAUGGUUGCCCCUGAUGCUGACUCCUGCCCUCUCCCCAGCCCAUAUCAUGCCUGUAUCUGGAUGGUACCCUCCCCUGUACAAUGGAGCCCCUAUCUACCCAACUGGCCACACUGAAGAAGCCUUUGCCAAAACUGUGACUCUCCUGCCCCAACUGUGGCCCUGCCCCCUAGCCAGCCCCAAAGAUGCCCUUGGCCCAGCCCAGCCCUU